UAUGAUGCAGUAUAAAGACUCUCCUCGGAACACGUGACCCCUCUCCGCCUGACCGCCGCCGCGCCGCCAUCAUGGACACGAGUCGUGUGCAGCCCAUCAAACUGGCCAGGGUCACCAAGGUGCUGGGCAGGACCGGCUCGCAGGGACAGUGCACGCAGGUGCGCGUGGAGUUCAUGGACGACACGAGCCGUUCCAUCAUCCGCAACGUGAAAGGCCCCGUGCGUGAGGGCGACGUGCUCACCCUUUUGGAGUCAGAGCGAGAAGCUCGGAGGUUGCGCUGAAACUGUGGCUGGGUCCUGGCUGUCGGGGUCCACCACUCGCUCACGGGGAUGAUCUGCGAUUGUUAAUAAAGCGUUUACGUUGUACGUAA